AUGCAUCAUUUCCGUUAAACGACUGGGUUCAUGUUCGAUUAUCGUGAGCAGAGGUUUGAUGGGUAGUCUGGCUUCCGGUUUUACGCGACGGACGUGACGAGACGUGGCGCGCCGCAGUGCGUGACCGGAGGUCGCGAUGAACCGUCUUCUGUGUUGGCGGGUUGCGUGGGCCGUUCGGGCUCUGCGGCUUGUGAGCUGGACUUCGCGAAGCUUGCAUCCGCCGCCCGGUCCCCGGUCUCCGGCCCAGCCCGCGGCCGCGGGAAAAGAGGAAGACCACAACCUCCCCCUACAGUUUUCCUCCAGCAAAGCGACCCCAGUCCGCUGGACGGUGGAGCAUUCCUUAGGAAAGCAGCAGCAGCGACCCUGGUGGAAAGUGCUGCCCAUCACCCUGUCCCUCGUGGUUCUGAUCAUCUGGUGCUACCUGAGGCAGGAAAGCAGCACGGACCAGUGGUUGAAACAGGUGUUAGGAGAGGAUGUCUCCGAACCCGGUGAUCCUUCGGAGGAGUCUGGAGCUCAGGCUGUCUACCGGGCGAGAACCUAAUGGGUGCCUAUUGAGAAACAGGCAGCCGCCCUGCGGAUUCCAUGUCGCGUUAGGUGGUUUCUGCCCUGAUUUCAUUCACUGCGUGCGUCUUCGGCUCUUGAAGGACUCGGAUGGCGCUAAGACACGAAAACCGCACGAAAUCGGCAGCUUGAAAUCUGAGAUUCGUGCUCUGUGAUUACGUCCAAAGAA